AUGGCGAAGCUCCCAUUCCCAAUGCCGAAUCUUCUUAGCUUUCCAAUGGACAAGCUUUGUUACGAUUUAAAACUGGAAAUCCUGGAACAGAUGGAUCCGAAGGACAUCAUUGAAUUGAUGAAGAGCAACAAGAAAUUCCGCGCGAUUCUCAUCGAUCGACCAUGGACUAUUUUUGGAGAACAUGUACAUUCGAUUAUUUUCCGCUCAAUGCACAGUGUCGAGAUCAAGAAACACCGAAACUCUUCGAUUUUCAUCGAUCUCUCUUGCGAAUCAGUUCUCUUGAAGAGAAUCACAAGCUGCAUUCAGCUUAUCCGAGCAGACAGCAAGAUCGAGAGUAAUACCGAAAAAGAGACAGCAUUGGAAGUUCUCGGAAACUUGGUUUCUCUUGGGGAAGUCGAAACGAUGUUAGACCGUUCAGCGAUGGGCGAGUUUUUUGCAAUCUUCAAAGGAAAGGUGACCGAGCGAAUCUUUUUGGAUCUCACGUGGAAUAUUGACAAUGAAAAUAGACGCUAUCUGACGAAUCUUUUCGAAAGUCAUCUUGACAAUUGCAAGCAGAUUUUAAUGAACGGACGUGGAAGCGAAUUCUACUUCCUUCGACAGGUUCUUCUGAAAAUGAACUUCGAGAUAAUUGCGUUUAAUGUUGCCGAGGAACGUGAUCCUAUCCAGAAGUCAGCGGAUCUCGUAGCCGGUUGGAUAGCCAGCAGGGGGAUACCGAGUCGAAAUCAAUACCCUGCAAUCUUGCUCACAUUCACGCCAAACAACCAGCUCGACAAUUUCCUCUCUGCAACUUCCGGACUGCAACAAAUUGGAGAGUUGAGCUCAAUCAGGGAAACUCGACAAUUGAUGGUCGAAAUGUGCAGAAAGUAUCCGAUCUCAGACUUUCAAAAUAUGUACGAGCAUUCUCACGACGUCUACAAGCAGAAGAUAGACGAUGAACGCGAUUGUAUCUACGUCAUUUCGACGUUGAACUGUAGAUAUAUGGGUCAGAAGUUUUGUGCACCUCUGCAGUUCUUUGCCAAAUACGUGCCCGCUGAGCAGGAGCCAAAAAGGAAAAAAAGAAGGAAAAAAUUACUUGCC